GCAAAGUUCUAGUUGUCACAUGAUCAGCUGUGUUCAAAAUGGCGUUGAUUGAUAUUCGCUUGAAGAAAGUCAACAAAAUUUUCAAGGAAGGGGAUGUUAUAGCGGGUGUUGUGGUGGUGCAGAGCAAGGGAGACCUGCAGCACCAAGGCAUCACCCUGACCAUGGAAGGCAUGGUCAACCUACAGCUGAGUGCUAAGAGUGUUGGCCUUUUUGAAGCUUUUUACAACUCUCUCAAGCCGAUCCAAGUGCUUAUGUAUACACUUGAGGUUGCAAAACCUGGCCGGCUUCCUUCAGGAAAGACAGAGAUUCCUUUUGAAGUGCCGCUCAAGCCCAAACCAGGGAAAACUCUCUACGAGACAUACCAUGGAGUGUUUGUCAACAUACAGUAUCUGGUUCGAGUGGAAAUGAAGAGGUCACUGCUCAACAAGGAUUUGCAGAAACAGACGGAGUUCAUCAUAGAAUACAAGACUCAAGAGGAGAGAGCCAAAGACAAACCCGUCAACUUCACCAUCACUCCAGACACAUUGACGAAUGUGAAGGAGAAACAGAAUGUUCCCAAGUUCAAGGUCAAAGGUCACAUUGACUCUUCUUGCCUGCAGAUCACAAAACCCUUAACAGGAGAGCUGAUAGUAGAACAUUGCGAAGCCCUGAUCAAGUCCAUCGAGAUCCAGCUGGUGCGAGUGGAGACCUGUGGCUGUGCUGAAGGAUUCGCCAAAGAUGCGACAGAAAUUCAGAACAUACAAAUCGCAGACGGUGAUGUGACCAGAAACUCGGCCAUACCCAUCCAUAUGGUGUUCCCACGCCUGUUCACCUGUCCUUCCCUGUCUACGAACAACUUCAAAGUCGACUUUGAAAUCAACAUUGUGGUCGUGUUUUCAGACGACCAUUUGGUCACGGAAAAUUUCCCCUUGAGACUCACACGCUUUUAACCCUGGAAUAUAAUUUAGUGAUAUUAAAUUAAUAUAUCAUCUACUGAGUACAGUAACUUAUUUUAACUACUUUUGUUUGAUUUGACUUGUCUGAUCGAGUUGAAUGGACUCUGUGAAUGAUCUAAUAUACAAUAACUUGGGCUGAUGUAUUAGCUCAAAGUUUGGUACAUAGAAACGGAACUGUUUGUCAAUGUGAUAGACUCGACCAAUUAAGCUUGAAACUGAAACUUCCGGGAAGCAUCCUUUUCUCUUAGCAGCAUCUGCUGUUUACAGUUGGGCUCUUUGACCUUCUGGCUAAAGACAUGAAACCUGAUUCCGUCAUUGGAAUUUUGUUUUGUCGCAUGUAUCUCCUGUCUUUGUUUUAUCACACACAUAUCUCCUGUCUUUGUGUCCCCUUACUUAGUAUCCCUCUCUUUUCGUUUUUGGCUCUCACGGGCAGAUGAGAAGCAGCUUGGCUCCUUAAUCAUAAUGGUUUUUGAGCGUGUCAGUGUAAGUGUAAAACAUUACUAGUACCGUUUACUAGUUAUAUCUUUUUGGUCUUCCCAAUUGACUCUCCUCACUGUGAAGUGUAUGGGGAUGUAGUCUCUCUGCUUCUCACUGAUCCCCAGCAUUUUCAGAACCAGUUUUGGGAAAUUUUAAAAUUUGACUUUUACUUUUACUUUUACAACUAUAGAAUCAGUGUAGCUUUUUUGCGCCUAUUGAUAGAUUAAUUGUGCAUCCAUAGAACCAGUGUGUUGUAUUUGUGCACAUUUCAAUAGAUUGAUAGAGCUACUAUUGAACUAGCUUGUGACAGUUAUGCUCAUAACAAUAGAUGAAUAGUUCAACUACAGAACCAGUGUGUAGCUUUAAUAUACUUAUCAACAGAUUAAUAGUACAGCUAUUGCGUAGCUGUUAUGCACCUAUUAAUAGAUAAGUGGCGCAACUAUAGAACCAUGGAUUGUGUCUUAUAAUAUAAAUAAUAUGCACGUAUCUCAAUAGAGUAACUACUAGUUCUUGUUUUUGAGAUCAUUCCAAAAUGACGGGGCAGGCUAAACUUAGCCAUGGUUCAUUGAGCUAAGAGUAAGUGUCCGUAGCAAGAGGCAGUCUCUACAGACUUUGUGUCUUUUUUGUUGCUGUCCUCGUGAAGUGUUCAGUUUUGUGCAAUAUUAUUCUGAGCUGAAUAAAUGCCACUGUGUUUUGUUUCCCCCAAUACGUAUAAAUACAUAUUAUGUGUGGCAUGCACAGUCUAUAAAUACAUGGUAUCGAAUGCCAUACAAUGUUCCCGAAGUAUAUUGAUACAGAUGACAAAAUAUGUUAUGCACAGUCUCCCCGAUACAUAGAAAUACAUUACGUAUGUCAUACAAGUGAGUGAUAAGGUUUUGUGUGUGUAUGUGUGUGUUCGAGAGAGAAGGAGAGAGAGAAUGAGUGAGUGAGAGAGAAUGAAUGAGUGAGUGAGAGAGAGAGACAUUUCUAACUCUUCUGUUAUGUUCGUAUGCAUGGUCUAUCGUUUUAUUUGAUGCUCUUCACCUCUGAAAGAGACGAAUGUGUUGUGUUGUAUUAAAUUGUGUUGUGUGUAGUAUUAAAUGUGUUUUGUGUAAAAUUAAGCGAACACGCUUCUAACCCCAUCAGCUGGGGUUUGGUUUGAAGCCUCACAUUCAGAAUGAGAUUGGGUCAUGUAAGGAUUUUUUAUAAGCUAAUUAGUGCAAAGCUGCAAGUGUCUAAUAAUAUGCUGAAAAGGGAGUAAAACUCAGUUCUGUUGCCAUGUUGUUUAAAGAUAAUAUUUUCUUAUGCCUCAGCUUGCUGUAUUGAGCAUUUGUAUUGAAUAUGGAUGGAAAUUUUGAGUCUUUUGAAAUGUGUAUAUAAGUUAAUGUGUUUACAUGUGAGUAUGUGUAUGUUUGCAUGUGUGUGUUUGUGUGUAUGUGUGUGUGUCUGUGAUAUCGAUGAUGAGUGAAUUCUAAAUGCCACAGUGCCGUAACAUUCCUUUUCUCUUUUGCUUUUUAACCGUUUUAUUCCUUGAUCUUGUUCAGCUGAAAAAGGUAACGUUUUGAGAAAACAUUUUUGUUACUCAACAUGCACUUGUAUGAAUAAUGCAUACUGCUUUUCCCUAGUUUUUUAAAUCUUUUCGAUUUGAAACGCCAGAGAUGGAAUGCUGUGUUUUCGAAAUGACCCUGUUUGUUUGUUGUUGAAUUUUAUUUAUUUAAUUUAAUCUUCAACAUCAGGAAAAGGCUGUUCUCUUCGAACUUGCAUCUCAGUAUGUGACAAUCUUUAGUACUUGUCCAAGCUCCCAGAUUUAACAAACACUGAAUAGAAGAAUAAGGAGAAAUGUGUCUACUGUCUUUUAAAAAAUCUGUCACUUGGUUAGUUUGUUCUUCUCAAACUUUAUAUCUCGUUCGAUAUAUAAUAUGGAAUCAAAGAUAUUUCUUGCCUGUGAAGAAAAGGCGAAGAAUUUGAUUGAAUUUCAUUUGACUAGAUCUAAUCGUACACUUAAAUGGAAUUAUUUUAGUUUUUAAAAAGAAGAUUUUAGAGCAGCUAGAUAUGAAUGCUGUUUUUGUUGUUAUUGUUAUCAGAAUUUCCGUCAUUAUUUUUAUGUGUACUAAGUUGUACAAAGGUGCUUUGUUGAACGCAUUAAACUGAACAGAUAAUACGAAUCCUUCAA